CACAAGGGUCCUUGACCGCCAAACCAAGGAGCUGGGCAUUAUCCUGGAAGCUAGGGAGGGCCAGUGGGGAGAGAGGGUGACUUAAGACGUGUAGGAGAAAAAGACCUCUUUGCUGACCAAGGGGGGCUAGGAGGCCAUAGGUAGUAACAGCCUAGUGAGACACAACAACCCCUGAACUAGAGAACCUGGGAAUAGAAAGGAGUAGAGCAGGUGACAGGAGUUCAGAGGAAGCCAGGUGAAGUCUGAAAGGACAGUCUGAGAUAGUGGGGGAACAGUGGUACCCCACAAACACACAUUAUCUCAGCCCCAGGCUCCUUCCUCCAGUGUACCCACCCUCCUCAGUGCCUCAGAAUGAGGAGGCACACACUCUAUGCUGCAGAUUUUCAACACUCUAAGAGUAUAACAGGGUGGGGGAGCUGCACAAGAAAAGCUGGAUUAUUGGAGUAAAGUGAUAUAAAGUGUAUCUCUGCUCCUGUAGCCUCCCUCAGUUCUGAGGGCCCUGAUACCAACACCAGCCACCACUGCUAGUGCCCUGGGCCUGAUAUCCCUUGGACAAACUUGCCCAGUGUGUGUGUGGGCGGAAUCUGGGCUUUGAGGCAGGGUACAGAGCACAGGCCUUGACUGACCUCAAGGGCAGAGCCACCGAUCCCAUAGCCAGGAAGGAGGUGAGGGGACAGAAGAGGGUGUGGUGAGUCUCUGGGCAGCUGCCAGAGGUGUUUUUCUAGGGCCACAGUUUCAGAUCAGUGCUUUCCCUGCUAAAGUCCUCAGAGGCUCUGACCAGGCCUGAGCAGGGGUCACUGGUCCCUCAGGCUUCCCCAGCCUGAGCCUUCACUACCUCUCCUAGAGUGCUCCUCUUCCACUGAGGCCAGCUUCCACCAGUCUGGGGAGCAUCUCCCUCCCUCUAGACUAAGAUUCAGGGCCCUGUGGCUGCCUGGGAAGCCCUCCCUGUGCACACACACAACACACCUGCACUCACUCCCACCCAGGGUGGAGCCAGGUGGUCCUCGAAGGUUCUCCUGGGCAGAGACCAUGACCCAUGGAUCUGUAUCCGUGAGGCUUGGCCCAGAGAGGUGGCCAGUGACCCCCUUGGGAAAAUCCCUUGAAUCAACUGUGUUCAUCUUUUGUUCCUGAGGUUUCCUCCAGGAAGCCCUCCCAGACCACCACUAAAGUCCUUCUAGCUGCUUGGCCUUGAACUCUGGGUAGACUCCACCCCUCCUUGGCAGCUAGGGCAAAUCACUUUCCUGUCUGUUAAAUGGGAGCCUGGGACCCAGCCCAGACAGACUGAUAAAGUAACCAUGGGUCACAGGCCCCUUCCAGGGGCUCUUCCAGCUUGUGCCGGGGCAAAGGCAGCCCAGGAGCGAGAAAUGAGGCCUGGGUGGCUGCCUGCAACCCCCUCUGGAAUCUUUCCUGCCCCUCCCUUCCAGAUUAACCGAAACCUGCUAAUUGUGGCAGCCCUCUGCAUGCUCCCCUCCCCCACUGCUGUAUUCCACCCUCCCUUUGCCUCUCCUCCCCUCCCCCUUCCAUCCGAAUGAUAAAGGGCCCAGCCGGCCUGCCCCCACCCGGCCUCAGGCCCAGGCUCUGCCUCCCCAUUACUGCCCCACUUCCCCGUGCCCUCCACCGGGCCAGCCCCCUGUCCACGUUGCCGGCCUCCCCUUCAUGGGGCCCUGCAGCAACCCAAGCCUGGGGCAUCCCGGGAGGGACUCACCCUCCCAGGCCCCAAAGAGGAGGAAGAAGAGAUACCUUCGGCACGACAAGCCCCCCUACACCUACUUGGCCAUGAUUGCCCUGGUGAUCCAGGCAGCACCUUCCCGCAGGCUGAAGCUGGCCCAGAUCAUCCGUCAGGUCCAGGCCGUGUUCCCCUUCUUCAGGGACGACUACGAGGGCUGGAAGGAUUCCAUCCGCCACAAUCUCUCCUCCAACCGAUGCUUCCGCAAGGUGCCCAAGGAUCCUGCGAAGCCCAAGGCCAAGGGCAACUUCUGGGCCGUCGACGUGAGCCUGAUUCCCGCCGAGGCACUGCGUCUGCAGAACACGGCCCUGUGCCGGCGCUGGCAGAGCAGGGGUACCCGGGGGGCCUUCGCCAAGGACCUGGGCCCCUACGUGCUCCAUGGCCGGCCCUACCGACCUCCCAGGCCGCCCAGCGAGGGCUUCAGCAUAAAGUCUCUGCUGGGGGACCCCGGGGAGGGAGCGCCAAGGAACAGCCCAGAUCGGGCCGGUUCCCUGCCAAGGAAGGAAGAGGUAGUGCCCACACCACCCCUGCCCUCUGAGAGGCCUCUGUGGCCCCUCUGCCCCCUCCAGGGGACCAUGAGAGCCGAGGGGGAGACUUCCCAGGUGGGAACCAGCAGGCCCUCGCCCCUCUCCCCUGAGCCAAGAGCCUGGCCUCUCCACUUACUGCAGGGUACCCCAGACCCUGGGGGACUGUCCGGUGGGGGUCACAGGACCUCACUUUGGGGGCAGUUACCCACCUCCUACUUGCCCAUAUACACCCCCAAUGUGGUAAUACCUUUGGCCCCACUACCACCCACUUCCUGCCCCCAGUGCCCACCCUCAACCAGCCCAGCCUACUGGGGGGCUCCUGAACCCCACAGCCCCCCAGGACUGCUCUGGGACCUAGAUGCCCUCUUCCAGGGGGUACCACCCAACAAGAGCAUCUACGAUGUAUGGGUGAGCCACCCCCGGGAGCUGGCUGCUCCCACCCCAGGCUGGCUGCUCUCCUGGUACAGCCUGUGAGGCUGCAGGCCAGGGAUUGCUUUGCUCUCC